UUUCGCUACCACCCACUUUCGCGUUCGUCAGUUCAGUUAGAUUGCAUUUCCACCCGUUGCGAGAGAAGUGGAACUGCUUGUGCAUCGAUUAGUGUUUAGUGUCUUGUGCAAUUCGUUAUCGAUCCAACCAACAGCGUGAAAAUGGGCAUCACCAAGGAAAGCCUGUCGGACAUCCGCGAGGAGUUCGAGGAAGCCCACCAGAAGAUCGACGAGGACAGCAAAAACGAUCCCCCGACGGAACCUUUCCGGUCGCAUUAUGCCGCCCGGGACAUCCUUCAGGGCGUGCAGCGAAAGUUGAAAAAUCUGAGGGAAUCACUGGACCAGGGGUCGGAGGCGGAACUGACCGUGCGAUGCAUACUGGCUAAUGUGUUGAAGGAUAUUGGAAGGAUAUCGAUUUUUACCGAGGAACUGAGCAAUGGGGAACUGGUCCUGAAGGAAGCGCUGGAACUGGUUAAGGACGAAAAGGAAACGGCUUCCGGGGUCAAUGCUCAUAUUGAGGUGCUGAAUCAGCUGGGAAUAUUGUACUGCAAUCGGGGAAGCUUUGAGGAAUCGAAGGUUAUUUUGGAACAAGCAGCGGACAAUUAUAGAGACGUGAAGGAAAUGGAAGGAUUUGAACCGUUGACGAUUUCUGAUUUGUUCGGAACAAAAGACGAGAUCGAGAAGGGAAAGGGACAGCUGCUACUGGAGAAGAACCACACCUUGACUCUGUACUAUUUGGCACAAAUUUACGGUUAUCUGGAAGAUUUGGUCAAAUCUGCGCACUUUUGCCACAUGACUUUGAAGCGGCAGUUGGAUUACAAUGAUUACGAGCACAUAGAUUGGGCUCUGAAUUCGGCCACCCUUUCGCAGUAUUAUUUCCCCAAGAACCACCUCAGUCAAUCGAGGCACCUGCUGGCGGCCGCUUCGUACAUGUUGGACCGUUUCGAGGAGGACGUAAUUCCCAAGGAAACGAAUCCAGCCGCCAGAACGGAAAAGAUCGAAAACCUUCGGCAUCGAUCGGCAGAUGUGGCUCGCUGUUGGGCCAAGUAUGCCAUCCAUAUUCUGGCCACCAGCAAGGAAAGGCUCUGCGAAGAUGAUCCCGAGGAUGGAGCGGAAAACCCGAAAGGGGACGGCCUUAGUCCAGUGAAGGAAAUCGACCGUUUCAUCGGUUUGGAAGGAUUGUCGGUAUACGAAGACCAGAUAAUGGAUGAGUUCUGCCUGACCCUCGAGGAUGCCAAGCUGGUCAUGUUGAAUGGGCUCAGUUGGUUGAACAAGGCGAAGGAAUACUACACCAAAGAAACGGAAGCGUCGCAGUACGCAAAGAUAGUGCAGGACAUUGCUUCUUUGUACAAGCAUUUGGCGUUUUUCGAUGACAACGAGGACAAUCAGUGCAAGCUUUAUAAGCGAUGCGCAGAUCAAUUGGAAGAACUGGACCAGGUGCUGAACGCUACGUACUAUCAAACCAUUUGCAGAGAAAUCUGGUAUGAGCUGGGUCUCACUUACUCGAAAAUGUUGGACGUGAAGCUGAGCAAAUUGGAAACUGCAACCGCCAGUGAACGACCGUCGCCCCAUGCCCUGAACAAAAUUAACAAACUCUGCGAAAAGAGCAUUUCCAAGUUCCAAAAGUUUCUCGAAUCCUACAAAGUUCCGCUGGACACGCUGGAGAUCCCCGCCGGAAUCGAUGAAGCCGAACUGCAACCGGUACUCUUCGCUUACUUCCACAUCGGGCGAUUGUACUAUAAGGUCAUCACGCCGGACAAGAAGAUGCAGCUGGCCAACGUGCAGAACAGUUUCCGAUAUUAUCAUCACUUUGUGAAGAGCUGCGAGGAAAACGAAUCGGUCGGAGCGCACUUCAAAGCCGAAAUUGGAGUCUGUAAGGAGAUGAACACGCUUCUGCCGUUGAAAAUCAAGAAACUCCAGAACGAACUGAACGAAUAAAGCCUGGAAGGGUCAGUGAUAUGAAUAAAUGUAUGAAUUCAGACGA